CUGUCUAUCCGUGUGACCGUUAGUGGGUGCCGCACACCGGCCGCUGCAGGCGGGCAGUCUUUUGGAACCGGUCUCUCCGCUGCUUUUAGCUAUGUUUAAAAACAGAAAUAUAACUUGGAUUUUCUGACUGGUUUUUAGCGGGAAGAUGCUGGCAGACAUGAUUGUCGAAGAGGAAUUUGAGAUCAAGGAGGAGGAACCGUGGUACGACAAGCAGGACCUUGAACAUGACCUGCAGCUGGCGGCCGAGUUGGGGAAGUCUCUCCUGGAGAGGAACCGGGAGCUGGAGCAGGGCCUGCAGCAGAUGUACUCCACCAACCAGGAGCAGCUGCAGGAGAUCGAGUACCUGACGAAACAGGUUGACCUCCUCCGGCAGGUCAACGAUCAGCACGCUAAAGUUUACGAGCAGCUUGACGUUUCCGCCAGAGAGCUGGAGCAGAGUAACCAGAAACUGGUUCUGGACAACCGGACGGCCCAGUUGAAGAUCCACGGGCUGAUGGAGACGGUGGAGCUGCUACAGACGCAGGUGGAGGAGCUGCAGCAUCAGGUGGAGGAGCUGAAGCUAACUCCACGUCAGUCCCAGCGGUCUCCGUGCGGAGAAAGAUGGCCGCCUCGCGGCACUCAGAGCGUGUGCUGCCUCCAAGAGCUGCAAAACGCACACAGGUACGAAGUUGAUCCUGACGAAGGUCUGGACGACCUCGAAGUGUCAGUGGCGUCAUGGCGUGAGGAGGCGCAGGUGACACUGCAGCAGUCCCUGCGCGCCCUCCAGACUCAGUUUGCCACUGAGCGUGCACGGCGUGAGGAGGCAGAGACGGAGGCGCAGCUGCUCGCCAGAGAAAACGCGGCUCUGGAGCAACAGCUGGCAAGGAUGGAGGGAUGUCAGGCCAGAGUGUCUGAGCUGGAACAGGAGGCCGAGGAGCUUCGUCAACUCUGGAAAUCACAAUCAUCUUCACGGUCACCCAGGUCAGAUGUCAUCCAUGGCCUGAUGUUACUCAACCUAGUGGAGGAGAACGAAGGAGCGCCGGCUGUGGUCAAAAGUCCAGCCGUCCUGAAGCGCUGGGCCAGCGAGCGUCAGAUGAAGGCCACUCAGGCGCCCGACUCUCCCAGCAGGAUCUACGACCACGAGUGCUCCUGCGUGCGUCGACCCGAGGUGGUGAAGUACCGCGGUAUCUCGCUGCUCAAUGAGGUCGACGCCCAGUACAGUGCCUUGCAGGUGAAGUACGACGAGCUGCUGCGACGCUGCGGGCAUCUGGAGGAGCUGCAGGAGUCGGAGCACAGCGGAUCUUCUCCUGCUCCAGCGGAGGCAGACGACAGCGAGGAUGACUUUCACCAACCGGAGUAUAAGGAACUUUUCAGGGAAAUCUUUUCCCGCAUUCAGAAAACCAAAGAAGACCUGAUUGAACACAGAGGAGGGCCCUCAGUUGAUGAAGUGCUACCUACUUCGAAUUAGUUUCGUCUGCAGAACGUUUCAAUUUUGUCUUCCCAGCACAUGAAACAGUCUUGGUAAAGACUUUUAUUUCCAAACAAAGCAGGUUUAGAGAUCAAGAUAAUUCAGAAAGAAUAGGGCUCAAUAAAACCAGCUCAUGUUUAAAAAAAAAAGUGGCUCCUUUUGCACAGAAACACCAGUGCCUGAACAUCCGUCUCCACUGUACUCUGCCUCACAUGUGUGGGAACCGUUCUGGGAAAUAAUCCUUCCUCUUCCCUAAAAGUGAGAUCCACCAGUCGAGCAUUUUCUGACUCAAACCUGCUGAUUCUGACUUUUGUUUCCACACAUAAAAGAGAAAAAUAUGCUGGAAGUUCUUUGAUAGAUGUAGUAGGUUUUACAGUAAAUGAAGGAAUUACAAUAUUAGCCUAAUUUAUGCCUCAAAGCAUAAGUUUUAAAUAUUUAUUACUUUUAUUAAGCUCCAAAAAAUGCAUCAAAAUGCAUGCGGUUGGUUGAUGUCUUCAUAGACCAAAAAGAGUGGCAUUCUUAAUCUUUAAUGCAUUAAAUGAAUAGGAAAAAAUAUGAUUUUUUUCUUGUAUUUCAUCAUCAGAUCAGAAGUGACAGUAACCUGUAAAUUAAAGUCUUGAAAUUAUCUUGGAGGUUUUUGAAAAGUAACCUCUAAGUUUUGGUGAACAAGACUUGUGAAGUAAUUUAAACUUUACUUCAUAACACAUCUAAUGUGGAGCAUCAUGUUUAUUAGCUCAUGACACUUGCAUUUGCCAAUUGGGAAAUAUUUCAUACCAAGUGUUAUAAACCGAAAAAAAAAAUCUAGAAAUUUUAAAAUGUAAAAUUUGCAAAUAUCCCAAAAAGUUUCUGCCUAGAUCAUUGAAAAUAUUAGAAGAGCUGCAGCAGAUUUACUUUUAAACAGUUACUCUCAAAAGUUUUCCUCCAAAGAUCUUGACAAGAAGUAAAGAAAAUUCAAUAAUAAUAAAAAACUGUAGAUGUUUUGUGUAUGUAGUUUAUUUUGCGACUGUGAAAGAGCACAUUGUUUGCUUGUAGUUUGCCUGCUGCCUUUAAGACUUACUAAUGCAACUCUAGACAGUUCUAGUAUUAUUAUGAUUUCUGUAAUAAUACUGAGAUUAUACUUGAAUUGUGUAGUAGCUUAACUGAAUGCAUAACGGUAGAAAUGACCAUAAUAAUGACUGUGUUUGUAACGUGUAAAAGCUUCAUGAAGGAAUGUGUGUAGAUGCACUUCUUGCAGGAUUUGUGUUCUUAAGCUGAAAGAUGGUGCAUCAUAAAGCAAAUGCACUUUAGAAAUGAGUUGUUAUUGUGCACUAUGUAUGAUGUAUGUGAUGUUACUCUUAUGAGCCAUAAACUAUAAACAAAGCUA